AUGAGAAAGCACCGGAAGUCCAAUGUCUCCGGCAGAGUUUAUAAUUCAUACAACCACAUCUUUGGUAAAAAGCCCGAAGACAAUGAGGAUCAGGAAAAGCAAACUCCACACGAGAUAGUUGAUUUGUUAUUUGAAAAACUUUUGAGUGUGGUUGCUCCAUUACCACUGGAUUACGAGGAUGCCCACACGAAACAAUUGCUCGAACGAAUUGAGGCACAAAAGUUGAAGAUUCCAUUGAGUUACCAUGUACUUUCCACAAACCUGGUACUUCUCAAUUCUAGGUUGAGUGGUGUGUUCAACAUGAUUGAUUCAAUAGCCCUCUUCCUUCGAUGGCAUAAUCCGUUUUUGACAAUAGGAGGACUGUUGGGGGUAACGCUUUUGAUAUUAAAACCAAUACUAAUUUGCAUUACGCCGUUGUUCUUACUCGUCAUCUAUGUCUUAGUACCCCUGUACCUUCACAUAUACCCUCCAGAUAACAAUUGCGUUCGCAAUGGGCUAUUGCAGUACAAUCCCAUCCCUGCAUCAAUGCCUUUGGAGAAGUACCAUAUACCUACUCCAGUCCCUCAGUUUAGUCGUGAGUUUCUCGUGAAUAUGACUGACUUACAGAAUAACCAAUUGUAUUUCGUUACUCUAUGGGAUGCAAUGGUAUGGCUUACAAGGGACUAUCUAUAUUUCAAAGAUGAGAAUGUCAGCACUCUUUUGUUUAUUGGAGCCUUUUUUGUAUCAAUAUUGAGCUUGUACGUGGUACCUUACUGCUUUUUUUGGAUGGUGGCGCAUCCUUCUUUUGUCAAGCUGUGGAUCCUUCUCAUGUAUUGGACCAUAAUUACUGGUAUACACCCACACUUUCGAUCGCGGAUACUUCAAUGGCUAUGCAGUGAGGAGACACGCUUGCGAUUUCAAGCUCGCACGAACCGAGUGGAACAGGUAUUGGAGAACGUGUUGAUCGCUCCUAACGCGGAGUUAAACCAUGAUGUUCGUCAAGUUGAGGUGUUUGAGAUACAAGAAUUGAACCGAGAAACGCGAACUUGGUCACCUUUGGGCUAUUCAAAUGUGUUUUUCACACAUAACAGUAACUUGCGCCGACUUCAUAAAAACCUUGCACAAGAAGAAAAUUCUCAAGAUGUCAGGGUCGACUUGGGAUGUCAAACCAAUUUAGAGUCGGUCCUACCACCGAUCCACUGGGUGUUCAUGGACGACAAAUGGGUGCUUGAUCUUGAUGCCCAAGCUUGGGUUAAUGAAUACUUUGUGAAUGACAUGGUCUCUAUUGAUGAUGGAGAAAAAUGGGCCUACGACAUCGAGAUGCCCAAUACGAUGGUGUACCGAAGGCGAAGGUGGAUCAGAACUGUGCGGCGACAAACGUGGGAAGAUCGUCGGAAGCAUCCUUAG